UUGAUUAAUGUUAAUUUCAAAUUUCAGAAUGUGAAAGAAGAAGAUGAAAGUGGAGAGGAUUCUGAUGAGAGUGAAGAAGUGGAUACUGAUGGAGAUUCGGAUGAUGAAGGAGAAUCGGAUGAUUCUGAAGAUAUUGAAUCCGAUGACGAGGAUGAAAAAGAGGAGCAAGAAGAAUCCAAUGAUGAAUCAGAAAAUGAAGAAAAUGAAACCGAUGAUGAAAAUGAAUCGGAUGAUUCUUCGAUCGAGAUUUUGGAAAAUGAUGAAGACCCGGAAGAUGAUGAAGAGGAGGAAGAUGAUUUAGAAGAGGAUUCGGAUGAUGAAGAAAAUGAGGAAGAACAAGAGGAAGAAGAAGGAGAUUCAAGAGUUGCAAGAUCGAGAAGAGUUCCUCCGGCGAGUAAUGACCAAGUGCGUUUUUCUUCCAUCCCGAAAUUUAUUCAUUCAAUUAGAAUCAUGGAGCCCAUGCUGAUUAAUAUUUUGAAAUUUGAAAAAAAAACAUAAUUUUUCCCAUGCAAAAAUCGUUGUGAAACAAAAUAUACAGUUGAGUAGAGACAACGUUAAAUUGAGAGAGCGCAGUCAGAAAAAUUAGUUUUUUGUCCAAAAGUCUCCGCUCUCUCAAUUUCACGUUGUCUCUACUCAAAAAUUAUCAACUGUAUAUUUUGUUUUUUGACGUUUUUUGCAUGGAAAAAAUUAUGAUUUUUUAAUUACAAAAUAUUAAUUUGCAUAGGCGAAAAAUUGAAUUUUGAAGGAAAUAAUUUUGGAACAAAUUUUUUCUAGUACAACGAUUUUUGGGAAUUAAAUAUUUUCCUGUUAAAAUUAAUUACAAUUUUCAAUUCAAGUUCAAAUUAAUUCAGAAUUUUCUGAAGUUUGCAUGCUAGUUGAAAGAUAAGCCAGAAAUAUUGUAAAAGAAAAAAAGGAAAAAAGUGUUGGAAAAAAUUGUUCAAUUUUAAUUUUCAGGUUCCGACGACUUCGACAAACCGCAAAAGAAAGCGAUCGCCAUCAAUCGAAAUCGUUGAAGAACAAUCUACACCAAGAGUUCAUCAAUCAACUUCAGAUGCACCAAAAAGAGCGCGGGGACUCGCAAAUGAAGAUGAUGGUUCGGCAAAAUCGGAUGCGGAUGAAGAUGGAGAAGAGGCUGAAGAAAUUUCAGAUAAUUCAGAUGAAUCAGAUGAUUCAAAUGACGAAGAAGAUGAAGAAGAUGAAGAUCUUAUCGAUGAAAAUUACAUCCGAGUUAGUUUUUCUGAAUUAUAUAUAUUUUUUUUCAUGAAAAAUCUGAAUUUUUUAGCGAUUCUUGAACCAUGCAAUUCAACGGAAUCCACAAGUGUAUGGUAAUAUCCCAAAUGUCUCCGAUUUUAUCGUUAGUUUUUUUCUGAAUUCAUUUUUUCUCAUGAAAAAUUCCAAUUAUUUUAGAAUUAUACCAUGAAUUAUAUUCGAUCAAAUCAAGAACUUCUCAAUGAUCUCACAAAUAGUGAUCAAAGAUUGUUCACAUGGUACAACAACGAGUUUUUGAUUGGCUCCCAAAAUUGGAUGGAAUUUACGAAUAACCCAGAUUCUUUCGAAGACUUACACCGGAACCAAUUUGAACACUCAAUUGAAGGUAAGCAUUGGGGGAAUAUUUAAAAAAUAUAUGUGUUGAAGUUUUCAAUGAUUUUUUUAAAUUCUUCUGGAAAAAAACACAUUUUCUAGCCAAAAACAAUUUGAAAUUUCCCGGCUCAUUUUUUUUCAUUAUCUAAUUUCGAAUUUAUUUUCAGAUGAUGGAACUUUUGUGUCAGUUCCAUUGGACCCAAUGCCAGUCCUCUUUCCAUCUGCAAUUCAAGCACGACUGAUUGAAAGAUCUCGUGAACAACAUGACUGGAUUGUGGACCAUAGGGAAGCACAAUAUCUGGUUAGUUCUAAGGGAGGGGUUCCGAAUUUUGAGUAGUUCUAGAAUUUUCUAGAAAUUUCUAUAUUCCAAAAUUUUAGAUAACUUUCAGCUUGAAUUUUAGAAAAAUCUCAGAACUUUUUGUGUCUAAAAUUAGCAAGCUCUUUCAAUUUCAAGUUGGAAACUUUCUGAAAAAGAAUUCAAAUAUUUUCGAACUCGAAUAUUUUCAGAUGGUUCUCCAAAGAGGAAGAGAAAUCGAGAGAAGAGGAGAAGAAGUCAGGAACUUGAUGAGAAGAAAUGCAGAGCUUCUCGAGGAAAUCAAUGAAUCUCGUCGUCAAUAA